GUCGAGACUCGCUUUCUCCCGCACUGAGAAACCUUUACUAGCUGCCGCACACAAACUCGCCGCCGCCGUCUCCUCCUUCUCUCCUCUGCGCCGUCACCUAACCCCGCCGGAUACCCUAGCCGCCGAACGAAACUCGCCGCUGCACUCUUCGCUCCUCUUCUACGCCGCCGUUUUCUCCUCCGUCCUCUUCCCAUUUGCCGCUGCGCCUCUUUUAACAGUGAAACGUCCAACAAGGAAUUGCCACAGUCAUGAUAAUGUCUCUUCGGGCUCCUCCUUCUUCCACCUCUUCUUCCUGGUCUCUUUUCCCCUUAUGUCCAAGUAUGCAUUCUGCUUUCCGCGCAAGGCUGCCUCUCUCGGUCGCCUUCUCUACGCGAAUUGUCCGUUGCAGCCUAUUGCAAGAUCAAGUCUCCGUUAAUGCCGGAGCUGCGUCUAAAGUCUCUGACCGAAAUGAGCUUCGGCUUGGCUUGCCUAGCAAAGGACGGAUGGCCGAUGACACGCUUGAUCUCCUCAAGGACUGUCAACUAUCUGUCAGAAAGGUUAAUCCUCGACAAUAUGUCGCGGACAUUCCUCAGCUGUCCAACUUGGAAGUCUGGUUCCAGCGACCCAAAGACAUUGUGAGAAAGUUGUUAUCUGGAGAUUUGGACCUUGGAAUUGUGGGCCUUGAUAUAGUCAGUGAAUAUGGCCAGGGAAGUGAAGAUCUAAUCAUUGUUCACGAUUCUCUUGAUUUUGGGGAUUGCCAUUUAUCCAUAGCUAUACCAAAAUAUGGCAUCUUUGAAAACAUAAAUUCCAUGGAGGAGCUGGCCCGAAUGCCUCAGUGGACAGCUGACAAACCUCUACGAGUUGCAACUGGAUUCACUUAUCUAGGAUCUAAAUUUAUGAGGGAAAAAGGACUGAAACAUGUGGUUUUUUCAACUGCUGAUGGAGCCUUAGAAGCCGCACCAGCGAUGGGUAUAGCUGAUGCAAUUUUAGACCUUGUCAGUAGUGGAACAACUCUCAGGGAAAAUAACCUCAAAGAAAUUGAAGGUGGCAUUGUAUUGGAGAGUCAGGCUGUUCUUGUUGCAAGCAAGAAAUCAUUAGUGCACCGGAAAGGCUUGCUGGACACAACACAUGAGAUCAUUGAAAGAUUGGAGGCACAUUUGAGGGCUGUUGGUCAAUUCACGGUGGUUGCAAACAUGAGGGGAAAUAGUGCUGAUGAAGUGGCACAGCGGGUACUGAGCCAGCCAUCUUUGGCCGGGCUGCAGGGACCUACUGUAAGUCCAGUUUUCUGCAAACGUGAUGGAGAAGUUGUGGUCGACUAUUAUGCCAUAGUCAUUUGUGUACCAAAGAAGGCAUUGUACAAGUCUGUACAGCAACUUAGAGCGAUUGGAGGCAGUGGUGUUCUGGUUUCUCCUCUGACUUACAUAUUCGACGAGGAGACCCCUAGAUGGCAGGAACUUCUUGGCAAACUGGGCCUAUAAUAACGAUGUUCUCUUUGCUUGGUGGCUCAUCGUCGUCCAGUACGAUUCUGUUCCUUCAAUAACCUGCUGGCUUCCAGACUCCAGAUACGCAGAUCAUGGUCGUGCUACAACUAGAGAUGGUUGAGAAGCAGAAGAAAGGAAGAAAGGAACCUCCCCUGCAUUAUGGAGCGGCAGCAAGCAAAGUGCAUAAGCAACUUGGGAAAAUUUUAGUAAUUUUUAUGUAGCAAUUGUUCCUGUGUUUUUAAUAAGCCCUGUGCUGCCUGUGUUUUUUUUUCUUCUCUAUUUCGUUCUUGAAAAAUAGUUAACUUCUCAACUUUUGUGUGUCCAAUCUGUUGAGUUAUCCAGAAUUUUGUGUUCAUUCGGUAUCAUUAUUACUCUGUUUGGUUAUGAGGGGGUCUUUUGCCAUAGUUAAGGGAAGUCGAGAUCUCCACGAUUGUCGACUCAAGUGAUGCAGGUGUUUCAAGUAACAUAGUUUCCCUCGCUCACUUUCUGGUUCACUUAAGCUCGUAUUUGUGUCUCUGCAAUGAAAUUCUCUGC